CCCAAGGUUCCUGAGGUUCCCCUGGGGUUCCUGGGGUUCUCCCAGGGUUCCCCCGAAGCUCCCGAGGUUCCUGAGGUUCCCCCAAGGUUCCCCCGUGGUUCUCCCAAGGUUCUCCUGAAGCUCCCAGGGCUCCCCUGAGGUUCUCCUGAGGUUCCCGAGGUUCCCCCAAGGUUCCUGAGGUUCCCCCGAGGUUCUCCUGAGGUUCCCCCAAGGUUCCCCCGUGGUUCUCCCAAGGUUCUCCUGAAGCUCCCAGGGCUCCCCUGAGGUUCCCGAGGUUCCCCCGAGGUUCCUGAGGUUCCCCUGAGGUUCUCCUGAGGUUCCCCCAAGGUUCUCCUGGGGCUCUCCCAAGGUUCCCCCGAGGUUUCUGAGGUUCUCCCGAGUUCCUACGUGGUUCUCCUGAGGUUCUCCUGAAGCUCCCAGGGCUCCCCUGAGGUUCUCCCGAGGUUCCUGAGGUUCUCCCGAGGUUCCUGAGGUUCUCCCAAGGUUCUCCCGAGGUUCCCCCGAGGUUCCCCCAAGGUUCCUGAGGUUCUCCUGAGGUUCCCCCAAGGUUCCUGAGGUUCUCCCAAGGUUCUCCCAAGGUUCUCCCGAGGUUCCCCCAAGGUUCCUGAGGUUCUCCCAAGGUUCCCCCAAGGUUCCCGAGGUUCUCCUGAGGUUCCCGAGGUCCCCCCAGGGCUGUCCCGUGCCCCUCCCUCAGCUCGGCUCCCAUGCCCGGCCCGCGAUGGAGCUCGGAGGGGACGCGGUGCCCUGCGGGAAGGACAAAUUCAUCUCCAGGAAUGAGCUGCUCCUUCACCUGAAGACCUACAACAUCUACUACGAGGGGCAGAACCUGCAGCUGCGGCACCGGGAGGAGGAGGGGGAGCUGAUCGUGGAGGGGCUGCUGAACAUCUCCUGGGGGCUGCGCCGCCCCAUCCGCCUGCAGAUGCAGGACGACAACCAACGCAUCCGCCCGCCGCCCUCCUCCUCCUCCUGGCACUCGGGCUGCAACCUGGGAGCCCACGGGUCCGUGCUGAAGCCCAGCACCCUGCCGGACAUCCCGCUGGCGGAUGGAGACAGCGCUCCCAGCACGGAGAACCCCGGGAACGGCGCAGCCCCCAGGCCGGCGGAGGAGGCUCCACAGCUGAUGAGAACCCGCAGCGACGUCGGUGUCCGGCCCCGCGGCAGCGCCCGCACGCCCGGGGAGCAGCGGCGGCUGCGCCGGCACCGCUUCUCCAUCAACGGCCACUUCUACAACCACAAGACCGCGGUGUUCACUCCCGCCUACGGCUCCGUCACCAACGUGCGCAUCAACAGCACCAUGACCACGCCGCAGGUGCUCAAACUGCUCCUCAACAAAUUCAAGAUCGAGAACUCUGCAGAGGAGUUUGCUCUGUACAUGGUGCACACGAGUGGAGAGAAGCAGAAGCUGCGCAGCAGCGAUUUCCCCCUGCUCGCCCGCAUCCUGCAGGGCCCCUGCGAGCAGGUGUCCAAGGUGUUCCUCAUGGAGAAGGACCAGGUGGAAGAGGUCACCUACGACGUCGCCCAGUACAUCAAAUUCGAGAUGCCCAUCCUCAGGAGCUUCAUCCAGAAGCUGGAGGAGGAGGAGGAUCGGGAGGUGAAGAAGCUGAAGCACAAAUAUUCCAUCCUGCGGCUGAUGAUCGAGCAGAGGCUGGAGGAGAUUUCCGAGGGCCCCACGGCGAUGUGAGCGUCCGUGGGAUGCUCGGCACCGAAUUCCCAAUCCCAAAAUCUCCUGAAUUCCCAAUCCCCAAAUCUCCUGAAUUCCAUCCCAAAAUCUCCUGAA